CAAAAGAAAAAAGUUAAAAUAUGAAAUUUGUAAUUAUGCCGAAGAAAAAACACGAAGGAAAUAAUGAGAGCGUGCCUUAACGAAAUGGAAAAAGAAGAGGUCACUCGUCCAACUACCAGCUACCUGAAACCAGCUCAAAAGAAUCAAAAGAGAGAAAAGAAUCGAAGCCAAUUUAAAAAAAAAAAAAUCUUAGCAGAGACAAAAACUAGGGAUUUUGAAGUGGUAGAAUGGCAAGAGCAGGAGGAAUAACGAACGCAGUAAAUGUAGGAAUAGCAGUUCAAGCGGAUUGGGAAAAUCGAGAAUUCAUUUCUCAUAUUUCUCUCAAUGUCCGUCGCCUCUUUGAUUUCCUUCUCCAAUUCGAGGCAACCACAAAGAGUAAAUUGGCAUCGCUAAAUGAGAAGCUUGACACGCUGGAGCGACGUUUGGAGCUGCUAGAAGUUCAAGUGGGUUUUGUUCCUGAAGUAACAAAUAAGCAACAGGAGAAGGAGAAGCUGGACAUUCUAAUUGUACUGACGUUGAGUAGAUGUUACCUUACCUUAGGCCCUGGCGGUCGAGUUGGCCAAGAAUAUGACCAAGUUCAUGACAACAGAUGCAACCCAAUAGUUGGACAGCUAGCAACAUUGUGGCCAUUCUGACGACAAUUCUUGCAGCACUUGGUUCCUGAUUUCGGCUAGUAUGGCUUGGAAGAGUAUUAAGAAAUUUGAAUUGAUUUGAUUAAGGUGGGAGUUAAAUGAACGAAAGAGUGUAGGAUCUAAAUAAUAGAAUUGGGUUUGAGUCCAACUAAUAUAUAAAAUGACUACAACUAGCCACUUGGUUGGUUGGACUUCAAUCCUUAUAAAUUGUUUGUAUCUCUUAUUCAA